UACUGCUGACUACCAUCUCCUCUCAGUUUGAUGGAGGAAAUUCGUUACACAUUGCAGCCGCUAGCCUCUCACUGGCAUCUGCUAAAACCCUGUUGAAGUACAAAGCUGAUGCUGGUUUUGCUGAUGCUACUGGUCUCUUACCUCACGAGGUCAUUCCACAAGUUUAUAUGUUCUACCAGGUAUACAAAAUGAUAAAAUCAUGUCAUCGUUAUCAUAAAAGAAAUAAUCCAGUGGCUAACAGAAAUCAAGAAGAAGACUAUCAGCCAUUAGUUGGUAAUGAUGAUGAUUGGAUUGCUGAUUGUAUUGAGAAUCCACAAGAAUAUGAUGAACAACAUGUUCCUUGUAGAAUGGAUGAUGUAUCUGAAGAGGAUCAAGAACCCAUUACUAUUGCUACAGCUGCUACUUAUGGCAGUAUUAAUGAAACUACUGUUUGAAAUUAAAAAAUAAUUUUUGGUUUUUUUUCUUAGUUAUUAAUUUUUGUGUAGGUUUUGAUUGCUUUCAUUUAUAUAAAAAGUUACCAUUGUAUAGUGUGUAUUGGCCAAAA